AUGCUUCUGGGUACACUUCCUGACGGUAUUGAUAAGCCCCUGCUGGCCCAGGGCGUGCUCGCUGCGGUCGUUGCAUACUGGACGCUCUGGAUUAUCUACGCGCGAUGGUUCCAUCCUCUGGCGAACUUCCCUGGGCCGUUUUGGGCGUCUAUCACGCGCGCUUGGACGGUGCUUCAUGUUCUCCCUGGUGAUGCUGAGAAGGCACAGAAAAAGCUGCAUGAGAGAUACGGCCCUGUGGUGCGCAUUGCCCCGAACGAGUUGAUCACCAGUGACCCCGGGGCGAUGAAAACACUAUACGGGAUUAAAUCUUUUACGCACAAGACCGAUUUUUAUGUAGCAUUUAGACCACCGUGGGCACGAUUCCCAGAUCAUUUCUCAUCCGAAGGCGGAAAACAACACGCUGAGCGCCGUAGGAUUGUUAACAAUGUCUACACGAUGACUAGUAUCCUGCAGUCGGAAAAGUACAUCGAGAAGUGCAUCGAUGUGUGGAUUGAGAAGUUGGAUGCGAUGGCCGAUAACAAGGAGUCUUUUGACUUGUGGGUGUGGACGCGAAUGUACGCAUACGAUGUCAUCGGCGAACUCUACUUUAGCAAAAUGUUCGGGUUCCUGCAGUCUGGCGGCGACCACCUAGGCUAUAUCGCCGCAACGGACGACCUGAUCCCUAUACAGUUCCUGGCGGGGAAUAUGCCGACGUACGUGCGGAGCAUAUUCAUGUUAACGGGCAUUCUCUUCCCAAAGGUCCGGGGGGCUCUGAAAGCCCUAGGGAGUCUUACUGAGGCGACGAACGGAAUGCUGAAGAACCGUCUUGCGGCGCUCCAGAGCGGUACUGACGAUUCGAAGCCGCAGCGAGCUGAUAUUCUGGGGAAACUCAUGGAGAUUUCACAUAAAAAUGGCAAGGAGUUGGAUUUUAUACUCGACGAUGUCAAGAUGGAGGUUUUUGUUGCUUUCUUCGCCGGAAGCGAAACCACCGCCCUCACCCUCUCAGGAAUCCUAUACAACAUCUUCCGCCACAGAGCCGUAUACACAAAACUCACCGCGGAGAUCGACGCCGCAGCCGCAGCAAACCAACUCAGCUCCCCGCACAUCGCCUACAACGAAGCCAUCAAACUCCCCUACCUAACUGCCUGCAUCAAAGAGGGUAUCCGGAUGCACCCCAUCACCGGGGUCUCCUUCCCGCGGCACGCGCCCCCGUCUGGAUGUGAGGUGGGUGGGUACUACGUCCCAGGGGGCGCGCGGAUCGGCGUGAACCCCGGCAUCAUCCAUUUCGAUAAAAGCGUGUUCGGGGACGACGCGGACGAGUUCCGCCCGGAGAGGUGGAUUGAGGGGGAUGCGAGCGUGAUGGAUCGGUAUAUCAUGCAAUUUGGGAUGGGGGCGCGGACUUGUCUGGGGAAGAAUAUCUCGAUGUGUGAGAUAUACAAGGCGAUUCCGCAGCUAAUGCAGGCCUAUACGUUUGGGCUUGGAAGCGAGGAGGAGAUGCGCACGACGUCGUACUGGCUGCAUAAGCCGGUUGCAAUUGAUGUCAAGGUGAGACGUCGUUAG